AUGGUUCUUCCUGAACAGCAGCCCCUCAACUGCGCCUACAACCGCGACGAUGUCGUCGCGGGCCUCACUCAAUACUACCUCACCCUUACGCGCACUGCUUAUAUCCCGGCAUCCUAUGUCGACUUUCCCCCGCCCGGCGGUUGGACUGAUGCAGAACUCGACGUAGGAGCUCUGCGUGCUCUGCGGCGCUCCGAAACGGUUAUCGACCUGCUGCGCCAUCUCCCUUACCCCAGGCCCAUGCACGACGGACCGCGCCCGGGUCCCUGGAACGUCACACCAAAAUCGAAGGCUGUGCGCUAUCUCCGCCAUAUGGGCAGCUUCAGUCAGUGGUCCGACCGCGGAGACGCGGGGCUUCUCGAACUGGCAGCUUUAUCUAUGGGCGAUACGCCAGCUGCGCCGAUGAAUCUGCCACCGGAUGCUGUCUGUCUCACGUUUGCCGAGAUCUACCGAUUGCACGGAUGGCCGAACGCCGACUUCAGGCACGAUGAGUGCAUAAUCGCCCUGCAAGCUUGGCGUCGCCGAGUGCAGGAGCAAGAGCGGCAGAUGAUUGGGGAGGACGAGGACGACGCCGAUGAUGAGGACUUUGAGAUGGACGAUAGCGAAGACGACGAUAUGAUGGACCAAGGUGAUGCAGGCGAAGCGCUUGCCGAGGCUGUGGCGGACAUGGGGGUGGAUGAUCUGAGGGCCGAGGUUGCUGCUUUGGGGGCUGACAUGAGUCCUGAGGAACGUGCAAGGCUGAACCGAGGAGAUGGUUAUCUUCCCUUUGAGUGGAUCGACUCCGAGUGA